AUGCAUCUUCUUCUCUACGCCCAUGUCUUCCUGUGCUGCUUCAGUGUGGCCCAUUCCUUCUGUCCUUCCCAGUGUACCUGUGUUUACCAUGGACGGAGUGAUGGAACGGGGACCAGAUCUGUGCUGUGUAAUGACCCAGACAUGUCCGACAUCCCCGUAAAUGUCCCUGUGGAUACGGUCAAACUGCGGGUAGAGAAGACAGGCGUGAGGCGCAUCCCCACCGAGGCCUUCUACUACCUGAACGACCUGCGCUACCUGUGGAUCACCUACAACUCUAUCUCCUCUGUGGACGCCGCCGCCUUCUACAACCUCAAGGUCCUCCAUGAACUGCGGCUGGACGGGAACCUGAUCUCCACCUUCCCCUGGGAGUCCCUAAAGGAGAUGCCUAGUCUGAGGACGCUGGAUCUUCACAACAACCGCUUGACCAGCGUGGCCAUGGAGGCUAUCCCGUACCUGGUCAACAUCACCUACCUGGAUAUCUCCAGCAACAAGUUGACCACUCUGUCUUCGGACCUUGUGGAUAUCUGGCCGCCGUUCAAUGGAAUGCCCGUCUCCUCCAGCCUGUCCCAGAAAGUGGUGCUCGGUCUUCAGGACAACCCGUGGAUCUGCGACUGCAGGAUCUCCAAGCUGAUCGAGCUCUCCAAAAUGUCUGACACAUCAGUGGUACUAAUGGAUCAGUUCCUGUCUUGCAGUGGGCCUGAGAACCUGUCCGGGGUUAUGUUCCAAAGGGCGGAGCUGGACCAAUGUCUCAAGCCGUCUGUCAUGAUGUCAGCCACCAAGAUUACAGCCUCGUUGGGCAGCAAUGUGCUUCUGCGCUGUGAUGCCAUGGGUUACCCCACACCUACCCUAAUCUGGACCACUUCAGAUGGCUCACCUGUCAACAACACAGUUGUCCAGGAGUCUCCGGGAGAAGGUGUCCGAUGGUCAAUCAUCAGCCUAAAUGGGAUCUCGUACAAAGACAACGGGGAGUACAGCUGCAAGGCUAAGAACUUCGCCGGUAAUGCAGAGGCUGCCAUCAGCCUGUCUGUGGCAGGUUAUGUCGCUACAACCAUGCCCCCACAGAGGUCCAAUGGAGAGGCUGGAGGGAGUAGCCCAUCCACAACAUCCUCUACUCCGGCAACUGACUUCUCCAACUCCCCUAGCACCCUGAUUACCACCACCACCCCAGCCACGACCACACUGCCACCCGUUCCCACCAAGAAGAAACUAAUGCCCAGCAAUGUGCAGCAGAAAGCCCCACCCAAACCAUCCAAGAUCCAGCAAGGCAGCGACAGGAUGCUGGCGGCGGAUCAGAGCAAAAAGAAGGACGCUUCCAAGUCUGUCAAAGAUCUCGAGAUCGUGGAGGAAACGGCGGACAGCGCGGUUCUACUCUGGACGGCAGACGGUUUGCCGAGCGAUGCCCCUCUCACCGUUGUGUACUCUACUUACGACGAUGAGGACGACUCCAAAAGGACAAUGGAUACUGAUGCCGGGAGUGGCAAGGUCCUUCUCGAAGGCUUAACUUCUGGAAUGAGGUACCAGGUUUGUCUGGUUGCCAAGGGAAGUGCGGCAGGGAUAGACCCCUGCAUCAACUUCUUCACCCUGGACAUUGUUGAGGAUGAUGCUGAGAACCAGCUGCUGAUGCUCAUCAGCGGCAUUGCCUGCACCGUGGCUUUACCUGUCAUUGGUCUGCUGGUCUACAAGAUCCUCUCACUCUACUGCCAGGGCAGUGUGCCAGGUUUGGACGACGAGCUGUCUAAAGACACGUAUUUGAAGUUCGAGACGCUGUCGAUGAAGCAGAGGACCUUGAACGCUAAUCCCAGUGAAUUGUGGGCCCACAGGCAGACUGAGGAGUCCCAAGAGAGGAUGCUCCUCUUCUCCAGGUCCAGCAUUGACUCACAAAUGACAUACAGGAGUGACAGUUCCAGGUCAGAAUUUCUGUGCUAG